AACAGUGGACGAUACCCUAGGAGCGUUGCCAUUUGCAAACGCAAGAAGUUGUUAUGGAGAUAUGUAAUAAAAGCGAAGAAACCCAUCCAAACAUCUUUUGAUGUACAAUAAUCUCAGAUUGAAUGCAUUCGCUAAUCAACAACCGGAUUAAUGUAUUUACGUUUCUGUUUUAUAUCUUGGUCCAAUAUAUUGCGAUCUAUCCGGGUCGCUCUAAGGAGAUAGUUUGUACGCGUGCAGAUGUGCGACACCCGUCAAGUUUAACAAGACUUUUGCGUUGCACUGUUAUAGAAGGUGAUUUGUUUGUUGUUUUCACGCGAAUACCAAGGGAUGCAAGUCUGCCGCUUCUGAGGGAAAUAACUGGAAGUUUGCUUGUGUAUGAUGUUGAAGGACCAGAUGACCUUUCCAAUUUAUUACCAAACCUUACUUUGAUCAGAGGACAAACUCUGGUGUUCGGCUAUGCCGUUGUCAUUAAAAGUACAUCACUCAAGGUAUUUCAACUUUUGUCUUCCACUUCGUUCUGUCAAAACUCAGGAAAUCUUACUGUUUGUUAUGUUACUUCCCUGUGGUGUAUUCCGUAACUUAAAUGGCAUAAUUAUAGGGAUUACUUUAUCGUUCUGGACAGCACCACCAGCACCUACUUCACUUCUGCAUUUAGCUCAUACAACAUAACACCAGUAAAAGCAUCCAAUUGAGCUGAGGAUCUCCGUCAUCUUAACACCAUUUCAAUAUAUCUCGUCUAUUUCAAAAAUCCAAUUUUGACGUUUCAUUUUGGAAGGGCAACAUUAUUAUUUUCUGGUUGAUUUAAUACGUCCAUAUAAGCAUUUCUAGCCUAGUUUUUUAUACUCCUGCCUUUGUUAAACAUCUCGUGCCUAUAGCUUGCCGCAUUUCAAGCGUAAUAUAUUCUCUAUUUUGGUUGAAUGCACAUGUUUGAUACUACCCGUUUACUCGAAUCGGAUUCUUUCAGCUUGUCUCUAUAUUUAUGGUUUAAGGUUUAUCCAGAUCGUGUCAUGUAAUACUUCUUAAGUCAGUGUUGUAGAGAAACCUAAUUUUGCCUAUAGGUCGUGUUACAAAUAACAUCAUUACUAAUUUGUUUUAAUGUCUUUUUCUUUUCGAUUUCCCUUAAAGAAUAUCGGUCUUUUUUCCCUCCGAGUGAUUCAGCAAGGUGGAAUACGUAUAGACAAUAAUCCACAACUGUGCUAUGUAAGGACUAUUGACUGGGAUGUAAUCCUUCAGGAUCGGAGUGCGGGCGUGUCUUCGGUCAAGAUCGUUAAAAAUGGAUUAAUGUGCCCAAAUACCUGUUCAUCUGGUUGUUCUGUGGCUUCACAAAGUACUGGACGGCUUUCAGCGAUAGGAAUCUGGAGCCCCUUAUUAAGAGAUAUUUCUCCCACUGAUGGACAUUGUUGGUCUAUGAAUAAAUGUCAAUCAAGUAAAUAACCAUUGUGUUUUUUAAGUAUUGCAUUUUUACAGGCAUUAAGCCUUUGACAAAAUUAUUUUGAUACCUGAAUAUUGAUUUUCAAAUAUGCCUAAAAUGAUUCACUUUGGGGGGAUAUAUUAGAUAUUAUCAUUUGUGUUCCCUAUCACCACUAACAUAUAUAGGCUGUGUUCGAAAACAACAAACUAACGGCUUCUGUUAAACCAAUAGUUCCGUUUAUCAAUACUUUGUGAUGUAGUCAGUCAGUCAGUCAGUAACAACGUAGAACUUCGUACGUACGUACGUCAUUUCGAGUCGCCACACCACAUUAGCACAGAGAUGCAGUGGUCGAUUCAAAUCCCGUAGUGGUAGAGGUAAAAGAGUAUAAGCAGUAUUCGGGAAGAUUAGUGUUUGGAGAUGUUAUUUAAAGAGUAUAAUACAGUGAAAUAAAUUUGGAAAGAGGAAAAAAGGGACAAGGAGGAAUCAGGAGAUUAAAAUUUGAGAGAACACAAAGAGUGUAUGCACCUGCGCCAUUGCAAACGAUUUUGAGCCAUGUCAUCCAGGGUCUCUAACCAUCGGUUGCUAUCAUCUCGCGGUCCCCAACCAGGUAGUCUACACCUACCAACAUGACUCAGUCAACUUGUCAGUGACUUCAUGGACUUGUGCCAUGUUUUCGUCUGGCCGCCUCUAGCUUUCUUCCAACCUACUCCUAUAUCACUGAACAUCGCACGUCGAGGCAGUCGGUCGUUGGGCAUACAUAACACGUGUCCCAGCCAUCUCAACUGAUGAAGUUUCACUACGUCAUCAAUUGAUUUGCCAUCCUUACCUAGUACCCGUUUCCCAACAACUGCAUUACUUACUCGAUGGACCCACGAUAUACGAGCAAUAUUUCGAAGACACCUAUGAUCAAAUACAAGUAACCUACGAAUAUCCUCUACUCUUACCGGCCAUGUUUCACUGCCAUAAAGUAGGACGGAACGAACUGCUGCUCAGUAAACACGUCCUUUGGUUGAUAGACGGAUAUCUCGCCUACGCCAUAAAUGACGCAAGUUGGUAAAAGCUAGUCGAGCCUUCUGUAUCCGUGCUGAGAUUUCGUCACACACCAGAUCACAAGGGCUGAUGAGACUUCCAAGAUAAGUGAAGCGGUCGACACACUCAACUACUUCACUCCCUAUCACUAGUUCGGGUGUCGAUGUAACCCAAUCCUGAAGCAACAUUUUGCAUUUCGAGGGGGAGAAUCGCAUACCGAACAUGCUUGCAUUGUUGCUUAGAGUGGUCAGAAGACUGCAUUUUGUCAGCGUCUUCACCAAAUAGAACUAUGUCAUCUGCAUAUUCUAAGUCAACAAGUGAACCUCCUGGUAGAAGUUCAACCCCUGGAAAUCUAGACGAGGAAAGUGUUAUCUCUAAAAGUACGUCGACGAUUUUGUGAUGUAGACGAUUAUUUAAUAGCUUAACAAUUCAUCUCGAAACCAUGCCAUUGGAAUUUGAUACACGGUAAAUUUGGGUGAAAUUAAGUUUAACUUCUAAUUAAUAUUUAUCUUUUUUAGAACUUUUGGAUUUCCAAAUUUUUUUUGAUAAAAACAUGUGGUAGUUGGAACCCCUGUACAUUGAAACCAAAUUCUUAUGUGACAGACUAAACUGGCUUUCGGUAGGGCUGGUCUAAAAUGAAUUUCAAAAGUGGAUAAUAAGGAAAAUAUUUUGAUUGCAUCACACACUGUUUACUGGAUGAUUAUAAAAUUUCAGUCAAGUGGUUCCAUUUAAACUUCUCGUAAUCAGAAAUCUUAUUUCUAUACUUAUUCAUUUCUUAAAUUCAUCUGCUUCAGGUCCAUUUGAAUGUCAUUCUGUCUAAGUUGCUUCACUAGUUGUGCUAAUGCAAAGUGCUUUAAAUUUGUCUAGUUCAUUGUUGUAUGGUUUUCUACAUUUAUUCUAACAAAGUAAAGAGGUUCACUGAGAUCCAUGACAUUAAUUUGUUCGUGGAAAUCCAGUUGACUUACCUUGUGAACCAAUCGGCUGGGUUUGUAUAUUAUAUCAAAGACGUUACUCUAAAGAUCGGCUUUUAAAACGGGUCUUGUUGAAUGCAUCGUAAAUUGUGUACUUGUUUUUUCAUUUUCUUUAGCUUAUACAUUGACCGUAAGUGUUCACAAUGAGGUCAACUACAUAUAAUAGGGGUAUCUUCACGGCCUAUAUUUUUCCCUGCACAUGCUUGAAUUAUGGUAUCGUUGCAUAUCAGAUAAUGAUUUUCAGCAAACAAACUCUAUUUUUUAGUAGAUCGGUUCAAACAAAUUGUUGUUAUUCUGUAUACCGAAUUUUAAUUAAAAUAAUCUAUAGAAUUGCUAGAAAUUCCAGAAUGCUUGUUUUGAUGAUGAAGCAUUAUAAACAUGGCGUAUAAAAUUGUUUUCUACUUUUAAAAAUAUUGAAAGUUGUCUGACCAGUAUCUCACUGAAUCACUUAUGACCAAAUAAUACCUUAUUUAACAUACUCCUAGAUAAUGAACUUAUUGUCAAUGAGUCUCGUACUUGAAAAAUCUCAGCAAAUAUAGGGAACACGAGAACUGGCGAUCAAUAUCAUGAUGCUCAGACUGUAAACUACAUAGGAAACUAAUAUAAACGAGAUAGGUCAGAUAGUGUUCAUGUCCUGGCAGCAUUUAUCAAAUGGGCUAGGACCUUGUUAUUUUGUUAACGAACUUUUGAUUGUUAAAGUAAGAGAAUCCUGGUUAGCGAAAUGACCGAUUGAUGGACGGUUAUGUGAAAACUGUUGACGUAUGCUCAUACAUAAACUAAUAUCAAGACUACAUAUGCUCAGUAGAAUAGGCUUUUGUAAUAGGAUAAUGUAUUUUCUGCAAAAUGUCGAUAAAAAUGUCAAACUAGCUAAAAUCGACAUUUUCCAAGUCCGAUUAAUUCAUUGCAUUUCGUAGCUUACUCGACUAAACACAAGAUAAUCCGUUUAAUUAGUUUAAAAUGUUAACAUGUUUGUAAAUUAACAGAUGAAUAAUGAAUAAGAACUUUCGUCUAAAUUUAAUCGAAUAGUUUCACUGUAUUUGGGCGCGGUGUUGGUAUGAGACACUAAAGAGGAAGAAUGUAGUUGUAAAACCUCAGCGGAAGAAUUUGAAGUAAACGUUGGAUUUACUUCGAAUUCGCUGAGAUUUUACAAAUACAUCCUUCCUCUUCAAUGUCUAACAGAUCAAUAGGUAAUCAAAAAAUAGCGAAUUGUUUGAUGAAUAAAACUUUAAUCAAGUGAAGAUUAACAUUGUAAUGAAGUGCUUACUAGUAGUUGAAGUGAUAGUUCCAAAUAUUGUAUACUUCUGCACUAAGUAAUAUGAGGGAUUGAUCGAGAGCGUAUAAACAAAGGAAAAAGAUUUUGAACCGAGCCCACUGAAUCGCAAUAACAGUAUAAAAGAACGAAAGUAUUGGAAAUAAGGAAGGUUAAUUAUUAGCUGGCAUACUUAGGUUAGAUUUUAGCCUUUUGAUAACAAUGACAACGCACAUCAAUAUGGCAGCAUUAUUUUUAAAAUAAUUGGUUUGGAUGGGCUCACCAUAUCCAACCCAUGUCUGUGUUCUGUAGGUGUUUUGGUCCACUAGACGUGGUUUUUCCAGAAUAUUGUGAAUCUAAAAUAAUAUAGCGAAAUAGUACUAAGCCCAAUAGGUCUAGAACUUCGACAAGACUAUCAAAAACUCAAAUUCGAAGUACGCAGCAUGAAAUUUUAUUGUAUUAUCAUCAGUUUAAACACAACAUGAAAUAUUUAACCGUACAGUAAAUGUAAUGGUUAUUUGCCACAAAUCUCUUCAAGAAGAAGCGAAGGUGCCCACCAUUUUGUCUUUCAGAUGUACCUGCUUUAUACAUAAAUGUUAAUUGAUAAAUGCACUUGGAAGUGAUGUAUGAUGGAUAUUCGUUUACCUUCGUUUGCAUUACUAAACACUGUGCUAUCUACAUUGGUAUGUUUUAUAGCAUAAAAUAUAGUCACGAACUCUUCAUCGAAUGUUUUUAUCAAGCACAGUUGCCUAGCUCUUUAGUGAAGGAAGUUUAUUAGGCUGUGUUAAUAGUUUAUUGUUGUAAACAAUAUAAGUGUAAAUGUUGCCUCCAAUGUAUCAGUCAAGUUUCUUGCCCUAAUUCUCUGAAAAUAAAUGUUUCUGUACAUUUUAGCCUAUUGUGAAAUAUUAUUAUUAUUAUUAUAAUUUCAGCCUAUUGUGAAAUAUCGAUAACACUCUCGUCCUAUCUGCUACUCUGUUAAUCUCAUUCGAUUUCUAAAUUUUCUAUCAUUGCUGUUUUUGAGUUGUCAUAAAUAUAAGUCAGUCAGUCACAACGUAUUAAUAUAAAUCUAACCCAUCUUAAAUUCCUAACAUGAGGCUUACAGAAUGUAUUUGCAUUCGACUUUAAUUCCGUUUAUUACUAUUGUUGUACCUACUUCAUUUUUCUGUGGUGGGUUUUUUACCAUAUAUUAGCGAUGAUAUUUUAAUAACUUUAAGGCACCCACUCUUGUUCUCGUCAGAAAUCUUGUAUCUGGCCCUUACCCCAGUUAUUAUUUCCAUUGUUUAACAAUCUAGAUUUAUAUGUAGUGAAGGUGAAUUCCCGACAUGCGGAUUCAUUCCAAAACACCUACUAUUGUGACUCCAACAUAUCUGGAUAUAUCAUCCAAGUAGUUCUCAUUUCAGUUUCUUCAUUACCACCAGUACUCGUUGAAACAAUAAAUAAAUCUUUCAUUAUGCUAAAUAGCUUUAAAUAAAAAGAAUAUUUACAUUGUAUAAUGAGAUUCUGCUCACCUUGGCUCUCUAAAUGGGAUCCUGGAGAUAGUGCCAGCAAAAUAAAUUCAUGUGUAAUUAGGUAUGGACCAGUAUCAAACUAAUAGCUUAACAACUUUGUUUUCUUUUCGUAUUUUGCCUAAUUAUUUAAAAAUAAUCAAAAUAACUUCUUGGAUGAGUCUUGUUUAAGUAGUUUUCCGUUAAUAAAUAUUUUAUGAUGUUUUUUGUACCUGUGUCUACUUUUCAGAGUUUUGAACUGCUUUGUAUGAUUCGUAUCUUAAUGUUCUUGCUUAGAUAAGUUUACGGUCGAAUAAAAUUGACACAACUAUACAAGAUGUCACUUCCAUUCUUAGAAAUGCCCAGGCUAGGUCAUAUAGACCAUAUCGCUUGGAAAAAUUUUGGUAUUCCGAGUCCUUGAUAUUUCCUCUUUAAAUAGUUUGGUAUUCACCGAUGGAGUGACACAGGAUAUUGUGGUUGGAAUUUAUGUUCCAGUGAUCAAGGUGGACUGCCUCGUGACCUAUUUUAAAUUGAUUUCCAGAAUUUAUCUAAUUCAAAUCUUAUCUCCGUAAUAUUAAGACUAUUCGUAGAACUGGCCUAGAUGAGACAAAAAAAUUUCCAUUGUUGUCAGAUUGUGUUGAUAUUUUCAUGACAAUUGCAUCGACUGUUUUCUUCAUUUUUCAUCCAAGAAUCAUAAGAAAAGCCUUUAGUCCAUCAGAAAAGAGCUUAUGCGAACAUCCAAAAAAGUCCACGCGGAAGCAUGAUUUAACUCUGAGUAGCUUCAGAACGAAAUACUAAAAGUAAGAAACUUUAAAUUAUUAGUAAGUUUUCGACAAGACAGAUCAUCACAAAAGUUACUUAACAUUCGUUCAGUUUUAUUAGUAUGUUGAUACGACCGCAUAAAAUCUAGUAUUUCUAUUCUUUAAGUUGUAUUGAAUCUUGUCUAAAGGUUUCAAGACGUAAACGACUGUUUUAGUUUACAACUAACCGGGUCAGUGAUUCACAAAUACAAGCUGUAAAGUUACUGUAGGAAUGAAAACGGUAAUGAUUUGCAAAUAAUGUGGUCUUUUCGUUGAAACUGUUGUCUAACUUACGAUAUUGGGAAUAAUCUAACUGUUGAAUUAUUUACUCUGUAUCCAUAUAAUGAAAAUGGUAUGUAUUUCUGUUUUACUGCUCGAUGUGUAACAAAUGUAAAAUAUAUGAUUUUAUUCAUCAAGUAUUUAACUUGUUAUAGUUCUGUAUUCUUACUUGUUUCCUAGUAUGCCCUUUAAAAUGCACACUUCUAAAUUUGACUUGUACAAUGAAACGUCCUCAUAAAUGCUGUCAUCCAGAAUGUCUUGCUGGAUGUUACGGUGAUGGCCCAAGUAUGUGCGUUGCGUGUAAGAAUGUUAUGCAUAAAAAUCGAUGCGUCUCACAAUGUCCAGGAGGAACUUUUAAAGUAGGUUCGCAUCCAAUUUUAAAUCUCAUAUGGCCUUUUAAUUACUGACAGAGGUUCUUUGGUUGAUAACCGAGUUCACUUAGUUUAAAAUGAUUACUAAUUAAGUUAUUUUACCUGAUCUUUUUACUGAGUAGAUUAAACUGCUUAAACGUGCUUCAUUUUCAAAAUAAUAUAUGUGUGUUCAGUGUAUAUCAAACAAGUUUAGAACAAAUAUAAUGAGCUAAAGUGUGUCAAUUACUUUUUUAGUUGCAUUAAUUCUGUUUUAUAGUAAUUAUUGAGUCCCCUUUAUCAGCUGUCAUGCCAAAACGAUUUAUUCCAAUUUUUCGAACCAGUGUGUACACUUAACAUUUAUAUACUUUCAGCUGCCUCUCAAUUUGCACGUUAAUAUGAUGGUCUAAUUUCGUAGUUGGUAUAACUGGUGAAUAAAUAAAGCAUUUCCCCAUCUAGCCAUUUAGCCAUCCACGUUGGGAGUGAGUUCUAUUCUUACUCUAAAAGUUGAUCAUAAUGUAACUAAAAGACUGUAGUCAAAAAAUUAUCCUGAUAUACUGGUAAAAAUAGUCAAGGUCCUUUUCUCUAGAUCCGAAAGUUCAUGAGUUUGAUUUCAGUAGUAUUUGUAGUCUCGAUCUUUAUCUUAUUUCAUUUGCUUCUUUUGUCUUUCUUAUCUAUAGUCUGCCAAGACUGUUGGUAUUAUUGCUGUUUUUAAUUCACUGGUUUUCGUUGUUGUUUUGCUCUUAUUAUGUUGGUGUAAUUUGUGGUUACAUAGGCAGAUAAACACCUAUAUUACGUAAUUCGUCUCCCAAGUUUCACUUUCUCUACAUUGUUUCGGGGCUAAAUGCUAGGGAUAUCACAGAGGCAGCACAUCUGAACCCAUAUAAAGUUAUGUAACCUAUUCAAAUAGCAGAUUUCCAGCUUUAAGGCGUCGUCUCACAAACAACUGUUGUGGAAUUAAAGAUAUACAGCGACGUAAUCAAACUACCCUGGAUUGGUAUGUGUUAGGAAUACCGUUGUAGAGUCAAUUUUUAUCUUUACUUGCUUUCUUUGUCGGUUGCAUUGAAGUGUUACCAUGUACGUUUGCUUGUUCCUUACGCACUGAGCUAGCUCGCAUACAGUACUUCCUUUGCCGUUUAAUUUCUAACCUUUCCGACAUCAUAGGUACGGAAUUGGUGAUAAUAUUAAAGGUUUUUUAUUUGUCGCACUAAUUGGAAAAGCUUUUUAACUACCUCCAACUUCUUCACCUCUAUGGGUUAAUGUAGACUUACGCUCCUGUUUCAGAGCAGAACAGAUGAAAUACCUACAACUGCAUAUUUGUUUAACGUUGUCUAAUUGUAAUAAACUUGUGAUAGAAUUUCGCCAUUCCUGAGAAAUUUUCAGUUCACACGUCUUAUGAAAAGUCGUACUAAAUGUUUACAUAUUUAAAAUUAAUUAAUUUUUUGCAUUUUGAAUUAUUGUCUGCGCUCAUUUAUCAUCGAUUACGUUCCGUUAGAUUUUUUCAUCAUUUCUACUUAUAGUAUCUUGAUCGGAGAUGCGUCACAGAACAUCAAUGCUUAGCUCAAUUGCCCAAUUUAACGUAUGAUGAUUUCCCAUAUAUGUCAGAUCAUCACGCAAAUAAUUUUUCAAAUAAUUCAUUCCCACGGGAUAUCAUGGCUAAAAUAGACUCGGAUUUCACUAUUUUCAAUGGAUCUUGCCUUUUAAAUUGUCCUGUGGGUUAUAAGAAGUCAUCUAAAACCGGUCAUUGUUACCCUUGUGGAGAUCAGUGUGAACUUAAACGUGAGGUUACCAAUUUUACUUUACAGUACUAAUUAAUGUCAUCAUAAUGAACAAUUUUUGACCCUAACCACGUACAACAACAAUUUUCAAGGAUGUGAGACUUUCUGUGGAUUGAAUGCACUAACAUGUUAUUAAUUGAAAAGUUACAGUUUUGGUUUAUAAUAAUACUAAUGAUAAUAAUAACUAUUGAACCACUUUCUUUGCAAAAGGUCAUGGACUGUCACCUUAUUUAAACAAAAUGAUUCUAUUCUUGAUGUAUUUACAACAUAUUAGUACAAAAUAAAUAAACUUGGACGAUGAGAGCUGAUUGCUUAAACCUCUGAUUUGCCAUUACACGGAAUUGAUGCCCGCCUACAGGAACCGGGGGUCAGAUUUCAGACGUUUAGAUCUACAGUUUAACGUUCUGUCAACUGAGCUGGUUUGGCGUUUUGUGUUAGUAACAUACAAAGUCUAAACUUUACGUUAAUUUUGACUCUACUUAAUCGAGUGAAUUACAUCCCGAAAUCGUAACAGUGUUCAAAAUGAGGUUGAAACAUGACUUUAUAUAAUUUGGUCAUGUUUUAACUGACUGAAUGUUCUUCUUAAAGUGAGUAGUUGCUCUAAUAGUUUGUUGUUAAGGUCCAUGACAUUCUCAUGAUAAUCACUUAUUUCUGAAAUGUUCGUUGAUCAAAGAAUACAAGAGCGUACAUAGUUGGUAUUUGGAAAAGACAUUGCUGUGAUCAUUCUAGAUAUUUGAGAUGUGUACAUUAGAGAUACUGUUAAGUUACAGUGUAUCGUACCUCAUACAUCAAUUAUCUUCUAUACAUCAUUCAGAAUUUCUACAUCUAAAUAUAGUGACAAAAAUUUUGUUCUGCCAUCAUGUUCAUGAUGAUUCAUAGUUUGUUACUAAAUCUACUGCAUUGUAGUUAAUUGGAAACUUUUUUCAUUUUUCUUGUAAAUACCUAUUUCAUCUUACCAUAGUCCAGUUACAGUUUUAAUAUUUCUUUUAGUGAUUUUUAACUAGUAAAAGUCAUCCAAAUAUUUAUGAAAGUAGUCGUCUAAUUCCAUCUGAUCAUCAAUCAACAACUGUAUAUUUCUGACGGUGCUCUAUCGAAUCGUUAUAAUCACAUGCCUUUUUUAAACUAACAUAUAUGUGUAUUUUCCACAGGAGUAUUUCGUUUGUUUAAUUUUAUUCAGACAAUGAAGAUUAAUUGUUGUAUUCGUCAUUAAAUUGCUCGAAAAUUAUUAAGAAGUGCAAUUUGAUUACUGUUAAUAUUUGGAACUGCUUUUACAGAUUGUCGUGAAUUUUUAAUACAUAGUUUGAAAGUACUUGAUACUCUGGCUGGUUGCCAUUCGGCUAAAGCUAUUUACCUUAGUAUUCAAGAAGGUCAACCGGAAAUCGUGGCUGUCUUAUUGGACAAGGCAUUUGCAAAUCUAAGAGUGAUAUAUCAUAGUCUGCGUAUAGUACGCUCUUCUGUUCUUGAUAAUUUAAAUUUUCUACGACACGUUCGUUUUAUUGGUCGAAUAGGGGGAAAUAUUUCCAAUCAUCCAAUAGUUUUUGAAUUAUUUGGAAAUGACAAUUUACGUGAUCUUUGGCCUAUAACAAAUGGUGCUAAUAAUACUGAUGAUGGCCUACAAAUUUUAUCUAAUGGUUUAAUCCGCAUCACGCAGAAUCGUCAGUUGUGUCCUGAGAAGAUUUUUGAACUAUUCGAUUCUAAUAAAAUCAAAUUAGGGGGAAAUAAUAUCACACUUACACAAGCCGAACGUGAAAUGAUAACAAUUACAAAUGGAGAUUUAGCUUAUUGUAAGUUCAAAUGUGUAAUGUAAUUUGAUUAGGUGGUACCAUUAACAAUUUCUCACAUUCUUUUUCCUUCGAACCUUUUUUAAAUAAGCACUUUUAUAAUACAGCUUUUUAAACAACUGGAUAGGUGUUUGGUCAGGUAUUUCAUAACGUCGUUAUAUAUACUGAUGUUUUACUUGUAUUUACUUGUGUUGUUUACGAAAAUGAGAGGAUGGAAACCGAAUGUCCAGCCCUUUAACCGGAUCCCAAACCAAUGGUGCACAUGGGCUCCAGUAUCCUGUGGGAACAAACGGCGUAUGAACCAAUUUCUUGGUCACCGGCUACCAUGGGACUGCAUCUCCCCACGAUGCUCCACUACCUUGUGGGUCAAAACUUUAGGUCAAAGGCUCGGGGUGUGGACCCCUAAGAAAACCACCUGCUUCGAUCUGGGCACCCGGGCAGUAUCACAACCCAUACAAAAAUGAUGAACUGUCUACUUAUGGAAAAUAUUCUUCUUGCUCCGAAUAACAAUAAAAUGACUCACAUCAUUAUUAUUACUUUUAUUAUUAUUAUUAUUAUUAUUAUUAUUAUUAUUGUUAUUAUUUACUACGUCAUUUAUUCACCCUCUUUUAUUCCCAUUCUGUGUAUACUUAUUUUUUGACUUAUACAGCAACUCGGCUGUGGCGGAAAUUCGGCUCUAUCUAAACGUUUUCGAGUCAGCGCCUGGUUGGAAAUCGUAUGCUGCCACCAAGUACGAGUACUGAAACAGUUUUUCUGAAACCACGUGCACCAUUCAAACUGACUGCCUUCAACGAACGCACACUUAUGCAGGUCGGACAACCGAUAGGGCUGACUAUGUCUUUGAAAAGUCUUAAUAUCGAUGUCUGCUGUCUAUUCGAGACCCGUAUUCAAGACUCUGGUGAAGUACUACAAAUUCGCUCUCCAUCUGUCGCUUCGAAAAGCUUGUUUUACGUGCGCUUAUCCGGGGACCCUGUGGCAUGUUCGUCUGGUCUUGCUGGCGUUGGUGUCGCACCAAGCGCUAGAGAUGAGGCAGCACUAAUCGAUUGGAUCCCCAUUAACAGUCGGUUAUGUGCUGUUAGAUUAGAAAGUUCCAUCAAAGUGAGAAGAAACGGGCGUGAGAAACGAUGUGUUUUCGUCAUCUCCGCUUAUGCCCCGACAGAUUACAGCCCGGAUGCAAUCAAGGAUGAAUUCUACCACCAAUUAUCUAUUCUCCAGAAAGUGCGUUCGACAGAUAUUGUAGUACUAGCCGGAGACUUGAAUGCUCAGGUCGGGCGUCUAGGCACAGAAGAGAGUCGUUUAGGUGGCCGAUGGGGAAUUGUUGAUCGCAGGACAGAUAACAGGGACCGUUUACUGCAACUGUGCACAAACCACAACCUGUUUCUGGCUAGCACUAACUUUCGACACAGUCAUCGCCGAUGUGCCACCUGGCGUCCUCCCUCUGCAUCUCAAGCCUGGACUCAGAUUAAUCACAUCGCGAUCAGCUACCGCUCUCGUGGUUGUGUACAAGACUGCCGCUCCUUUUGGAGUACCUAUCUGGACUGUGAUCAUGCUCUGGUGUGUACCAAUCUUACCUUACUUUUCAGUGGACAACGAAGUGACCGCCACCAACGGAUUGGUGUUAGCAAGCUGGUUGCAACUUUUUUUGCUAGUAAGUAUCGAAUCGAGCUAGCUUCUAGGCUAGCUACCAUUCCACCGAAAAGUAUAGAUGAGCAUUGGUCGCAAUUGCAUGACGCCAUGAAAAUGGUGGGUGCAGUCAGUUAUGGGUUCGCGAAACGUCCCGCUUACAAGCACUGGGUUUCUUCAGGUUCCUUACAACUCAUUGAAGCCCGUCGGUCUACUCCGGGUGACCGUGAGUUUGACCAUAAACGAAGGAUGUUACGUAAUGAAAUUGGGCAAAGCUUGCGUAAGGACCGAGAAGCCUGGUGGUCGAAGCGUGCUAAUGAGCUAGAAGCAGCAGCUGCAUCUGGUAAUUACCGGAAGCUCUUCCAACUCAUCCGAGCCACUGGCAGCAAGAAGUCUGGUGUGAGCGAAACAAUCUGCGAGGAUGAUGGGAGGCCGAUCACUAACAUCCAUCGACGUCUUGGACGAUGCGCAGAAUUUUUCGAAGGGCAGUUCAACUGGCCUGCUGCUCCAGCAACAUCGGUCAGACUGUUCUGCCUUCCAUGGCCGGUGACGACUAAUCCACUAAAUGAGGCGGAAGUCCGCAAGGAACUCCAUCUCAAGCGUUACAAAUCACCUGGCCCAGAUGACUUGCCUCCGGCUACUUUUAAAGAUGGUGGUGACUUUGUGACUAAGGAACUGACGACGUUGUUUACAAAGGUCUGGGAGUUAGAGAGUGUAUCAACGUCAUGGAAUGAGUCGAUAGUUGUCCCUAUCUUUAAAAAGGGUUCACGUCGUUCCUGUAACAACUAUCGGGCGAUAAGUCUACUUCCGAUUGCGUCCAAGCUAUUGGCUUCCGUCAUACUUCGUAGGUUGUUCAAAACCCGAGAAAGAUUGGCUCGCGAGGAGCAGGCUGGGUUUCGUUCCGGUCGAGGAUGUAUUGAUCAUAUCUCCACCCUCCGCCAAAUGUUAGAACACCGUCAUACUUAUCAAAGGCCAACAAUCGUAGUGUUUCUGGACAUUAGGGUUGCCUUCGACUCGUUGAACAGGACUGUUCUCUGGGAUUGUCUAUUGAAGAAGGGUGUGCCUGAGAAGUUCAUUAACACCCUAAAGGCCCUAUAUACAAACACCUCAGGUAGAGUGAGGGCAUACAACCACCUUUCUCCAUUGUUCCAUUCGAGCAGUGGGGUUAGACAGGGUUGCCGAAUCUCACCAUUCCUCUUCAAUUUUGCCAUCGAUGACAUUCUGGAAACAGCUCUGAUGGAUGUAAGUAAUGGUGGUGUGGAUCUGUUGCCUGGAGAAAGACUUCUCGACAUUGAGUACGCGAUAAUGCCCAAGCCAUACAAUCCGCCAUUAAUCAGUCGGCAAUCAAUGUCCGUAGGUAUGAUAUGUGCUUUGCACCUUCGAAGUGCAAAGUACUUCUACAAGACUGGCAGGAUUCUAAUCCUGUACCCACCCUGAGUGGUGAGCAGGUAGAAGUAGUCGAUAAGUUCGUGUAUCUGGGUAGCUGCAUAAGUGCUGGUGGUGGCGUGAGUGAUGAGAUCACUGCACGUAUGGUGAAAGCCAGAGCGGCUUAUACCAAUCAGGGCCAUGUUUUGUGCCUUCGUGUUGUUAGUCUGGCUUUAAAAGGUGGGAUCUACAACGCAUCGGUGAGAGCAGUUUCGCUUUAUGCUUGUGAAACCUGACCUCUCUGAGUUGAGGAUGUUAGACGACUCUCUGUGUUCGAUCAUCGUUGUCUCCGAAGGAUUGCUGACAUCCAGUGGCAACACCAUGUUAGUAAUGCAGAGGUUCGGCAUCGUGUGUUAGGGCACAGGGAUGAUAAUGCACUUGGUGUCACCAUCUUGAAACACAGACUUCGGUGGCUUGGACAUGUUCUACGAAUGUCGUCCCAGAGAAUUACACGUCAUGCAUAAUUUGCCGACACUGGGACUGGUUGGAAAAAGCGGAGAGGUGGUCAGUGUAUGACAUGGUGUCGUGGUAUGAAAGAAAGCUGCAAAGGGUUGGCGUGUGUUGGUUCUUCACGACUCCCUGGCUGAGGUCCUAGAGAUGGGGCAACACAGUGGCUAGAGGCGUUAUGAGAUAUGGCUCAGAAUAGAAGCCAGUGGCGAUCCUGUUGUAACCUUCUUUUACUUUUUUUCAUAAAAAAUGGUUGUUUCUUCCUUAACUGAAAGAUUUCUUCUGAUUAUACUUUUCCGUUUUCCCCGUUAUUAUUAUUAUUAUUACUACACUACAUUACACUAAUCUGUUCUUUUUUUACGCCCCUUACCUCCUUUUUUUCUCUCUUCGAAUUCUCAUUGUUUUGUGUGGCGCAUAUAUAUUGGCGCUCUCUUGUACCAAUAUUUAUGUGUUCAAAUAAAAAGAAAAAUUUACUUGGAACUUAUUGAUAUAUCAUCAUUUGUUGUAAAUUUAAACUCAAUGGUAAACGAAUAUUCCCAAAUGAAGGUAUUUUAAAGUGAACUUUUACAGAAUAUGAGAUUUAUCACGUUGUUUUAUCGACAAUAUGCUAGUGUUGAUGAGAACAUUACAUUCAUGUGGACACUUAACAAACCAUUCACAGUUUCAAAGGCAUUCGUCCUACGAAGAUCCAGGUAAUAUGUUAGUACUGUUGCUACUUUGAAAACUAUUUAUAAAACCGCACAUCAUAUACAUGACAGUAUGCGUAAUGAUCAACUGGUUCAAUGAAAUGUUUAGAGACUGUUAGGUACAACUUUACUAUUGUGAUGGUUUUCACCAAAGACCAGAUUUUCUCCUCCGAUUCCACUUGUAGUGUGUUGUUAAGUAUCUGUCUGCUGCCCUCAGUCAGAAUUAUUAACAAGAAGUGACUGAGAGUGGAACUAAUUUUUGAAGAAUAAACCUCGUGGAAAUCAUUGUAUGACAUUCACGCUAGAUUAUCCUUUGGUAUUUAAGCGCUAAGCCUGCGUUUCAAGGGAUCAAAUGGUUCUGGGCUACACGUAAUGUUACACUCUACCUAUCAAGUUUUUUCUAUUAUUUGUUACUUGGUUACUACACACAAAUUAUUUGGAAGUGAUUGCGAUCAACCUUUUUUAGUCUUCAUAGAUAGUUUGCCUUUAUUAUCCCUGUUUCGCGACAGUAUAAAAAAUAUGCUAAUCUGAGACCAGUCAACUGUAGUCCUAAACAUCAGUGGGAAGAUUCAACCAAUCAAUACGAGAUUAAUUAAUUUAAUCUGUGUUUUGUAUUUUGUCAUGGUAUUUCCACAGCGAAAUAUUUUGGCUUUAAACCUCAUUAUGAUGAAGGAAAAGAUUAUUUAUUUUAGUUGCUAUAACAGCUUUUCUUUGUGUACAAACUCAGCUAACUCCGAAACAUUCUGUUUAUAUAAGAGAAAUUUGGAGAAAUUAUAUGUUAUGAUUACCUUAAGUCGUUUAAAAUCAAUAUGUCCACUUAUUAAUUCUAUUUUUUAAUUAUGAUUUUACACUUAGGUAAUUGGCGUAAAUUCGACAUAAAACUUAGCGGUCUUAGUUCACAUAGUGUUCGUGUUACAUGGCCUUAUCCGUCUACCAUUCAGUUUAACGAUAAAUCUAUGAAUGAUAACUUUUCAGAUGGUUUAAAUUCUAGUUAUGUGGAUGAACUUGUUUUAAUAUAUCUUUUCUAUCAGCCAGCCCCUAAAGAUAUUCAAAAUAUUGUCAAUGACCGAAGAGUUUACGAUAAGAAUUCAUGGCGUAUGUUAACAGCAUCAUGUGAUUCAAAUCCUGGAGAUAAUGUUCGAAAACUUCCGCAUUUAGAAUUCGAUUGCGGAUUAACUUUAUUUAAAUUAGAAUCUGCUAUGCGUUAUGUUGUCUACGUGGAGAUGAAAUUUCCUCUGAAACAAACUGGCGCUAUUAGUAAUUUGGUUUACUUCACAACAUUAUCGAUCAAUCCAUCUCCUCCUCAGUAUUCCUGGUUGGAACCUGUGGAUAAACAUUCACUUCGCUUAACGUGGAUGCCUCCAGCUAAACCAAGUGGGAUCAUUGAUACUUAUUUGAUAUGGAUUCAUAUUCUUGAAGAUAAUCCAUCCGAUUAUUUGACAAGGGAUUUCUGUAUACACAAACCUAACUGGAUCCACUCGGGUUGGGAUACAAAUUUACCGUUUGAACACACAGAUCAUAUUAAUUUUGAAAGGGGUUAUUGUGAUUCUUGUCUGUCUUGUCCUAACUUGCAUGAAAUUGAACAACUUUCAAAUAUACAGACAAUUUCAUCUUCAAAUGAAAAUUAUUGGCCCUCGUCUGUGAGCAAAUGGAUGACAGAUGAUUUUGGGAACAUUUUGCCAGUAUAUAUUGUGGAUGAAAAUUUUUCACUCAAAUCCGGUACAGUAGGUCUAAUUGUACAAAAGAACAUUUCAACUUAUUUCAAAGAUAUUUCAUAUUUCCAAACGAAUUCUCAUAAAACUUGUAUUCAGUCAGUUAAUGAAAAUGUAAAAUAUUUAACAGGAUUGUCACCAUUUACAAGAGUACUUGUUGAAAUACAAGCUUGUUUAGAGUACGAUUCAAUUUCUCAUGAAAGAUCAUUAAAAACAAAAUGUAGUCACCCACCACCUUGGUUUAAUAGGAAAUCUGGAAGUAUUGUUAAUCUCAAUCAACAUCAAUGGGCCGCCUGCGAGUAUGAACUAUGCAGUCCAAGAUCUACUGUGAUAAAUCGUGUAAAUCCUCAUGUCGAAUCUGAUAUCAUUCCUGUAUCCUCAAUUUACGCAUCGACUACUGGUCCAGGCAGUGUACGUAUUACAUGGUCCAGUCCUAUUAAACCGAAUGGUUUAAUUAUACAUUAUAUAUUACGUUAUAGACCAAGAAAUCAUGACAAUCAUACAGAUAAUUAUUCAUUUUCGGACAUGUCUGUACCAUGGUUAACAAAAUGUAUACCGCUAAGCCAUUGGGCAACAGUCAAACCAGAACAGAAAUCAUUAACUUCAAGUUUAUUUGCGGGUUUUAAUAAAAAGAUGGUAUCACAAAGUGAACGUGAUUCUAAUGGUAACAGUAAUACUGCUGAAGGCGGGAUCUUAAUCAAAGAUCUGUCCCCAGGUAGCUAUGAAUUUCAAAUUUUAGCCAUUUCGCUUGCUGGUAGUGGAGAAUGGAGUCCUACUGGGAUUUUCAAUAUUCCAUUCUAUAUAGAUCAUAAUGGCAUAGUAAACUGUAUGUUUAUUAGAUUUUCAUUAUCCAUAAUUUAUAUCAUCUCGUUAUUUUAAAUCCAUGUACAGUAAUUAUUAACACGAUAAUUUGACUAGUUACAUUUGUAUUCAUUGUUCUCUGUCACUAAUAAUAUCUGCUAAUGAUUCUGUACUUUAGAAACACACUCAUUCUAAAACAACAAUGGGUUCAAGUCGACAAUAUGUUUGUAUGAACCAAUUCUCUUAUUUUAAGUAAAGAUGGUUACCAUCUAUCCACUAUCUUAUAAAAAGGGUGAUGAAUUUUGUUAUUUCGAAUUUAAUUUUUUAGAAUCUUCCUGUUGUCGAUAUUUAAAAUAUGUCCAACUAACGAUUCCUAUAUAGUGCGAAACAUGCAUUAUAGAUCCCAUUUCUAGCUCGAAUACUGGUAACUUAAUAGCAAUAUCUCGACAAUCCGCUCAAGAUGCACAGUCUCAUCAAAAUUCAGUUCUUAAAAUCGACAACAGAAUGAUCCGAAAAGUUAGAGAGAAAAUGAUUAGAAUUCUGAUUGUUAACUUAUUUGAUAAUAUGUGACAGACUUUUGGAAUGUUAUAAUUUUGUCGAUCAUAUAGAAAUAGGUUUUGUCAAUCAUAGAUAUCAUAGAAUAAGUUUAUUUCUGACAAAAAAUGUAGGUGAUUAUUUAAAACGUACUUCAGCGAUCAUAGAAUAUGAAGUGUUAUUUUUAAAGGUGAAUUUACAUUUUGUAUGGACAAAUGUUUAUAAAAUAUUUAAAAGUUAUAACAUAUAGUAUUCCGAUGCUUCAUAUUUAAUCAACAAUCAAUGUGUUGCGUUGAAUACUUGGAUCAUUUUGGUAGCUAAUUGUGUUUUCAAUUUUCUAGUUACGAAUUUCUCUCUUACAUUUCUCAUCAGGAUGUCAUUAAUUUUGACAGUAUCAUUACACAAAACAUGAUUUCCUUUCAAUGAGCUAGUUCCUAGUUUAAUGACGGUGUUGGAUUCUCUUGAUUUUCAUUGCGAUUCACCAAGAUACUUUUAAAAUUUAGAAGCUAAAAGGUCAUGAAUUUAUGUACAUAAUUGUUUCAUUCUUGAAAAUUAAAUUUCAGAUAGAAAACUUGCAAAUAUUUGCACAAUCACUUUAGGUGCACUUCUGUUGCUCUGUUUCAUUUUGGGGAUUAUUUGGUAUAAAGCACGUCGUUAUUAUUUAAAGGCUACAGCUUGGACAUCAAACAAUCCUGAUUACUGUACAAUUUAUGAAGUUGACGAUUGGGAAAUUACUAAAGACGAUGUUGAUGUUUUACAUUGGAAAUAUCCAAUUGGUCGUGGUAGUUUUGGUACUGUAUAUAAAGGUGUUGUAAAACAGUUGAAAACACCAGCUAAAUUAUUUUAUAAAAAUCCAGUAAAUAUACCUGUUGCUAUUAAGGUAGGUAGGUGAUAUUCUUCAAUAGUUUUUCCAUCUAUUAAAUAAAUUGUUGUUAUGAGUGUUUCUCGUAUUCUGAUGCAAUUAACAGUUGGUAUUUUACUUUUCAUUAUACUAUCAUCGCCAUUAAAUAUUUUCCAUUUUCUAUUAUAAAAUAUAUUGAUUCGAUUAUGCGUAUCUUUUAUUUACUGUUCCAAGUCCACUUUCAGCGGUGAACAUCGAUUGCCAAAAUAAUUGUCCACACAUUAAAUUAGUUCACUUGUGUGUAUAUACCAAUUCAACUUCUCCUGCAUAAUUAGUCACGUAGGCCGCAUUCAGAGAGCUUUAUCCUUGUGUGUUUGUAAACAUGUAUCAGCAUGGUUGGGAAAAGGAGUUACUAGAUCGAUUGACAGCGCAAUUCUUUCUCACUUGAUAGAUGGUGAACAUCUUACUAAAAUAGAUGGAGCUUUCCCUGUUUUAUAUCAAGUUUCAAACAGUCUACCUAAAAAAGCUAAAUUACGACUACUCUGCAUAGCUGAAGCCAUCUGGAUAAACUCCAGAAAACUCAGCUUGUGUAUUCAAAAGAGGUAUAUUCAGCUUUUGUGUUUGCCUUGGUCCAUAACUGGGUCACCAGAUACCUAAACUGGGGAUUAUGGACCCCUUACCACUGCUUCCAAUUUCUUUUGUGUUAAUAUCUUUCUUAAUUUACAUAUUCAUCUUUACCGAUACCUCUUUUUUACAUAUAUUCACACGUUAUUAUUAACAAGACUAAAUUUUCCUACUGUGCAUUUUAUUCACACGAUAUUUUAUUUUGUUAUAUUACUAUUAUAUCGAUUAUGACUUGACACUUUACUAUAAAUCAUUCUCACUUUCAUUAAGUGACCUUUCUAAUUUACAAAUAGCACAAUUUUGGAAUAUUUAUAUCGUAACAGAUGCAAACGUCCACCAUGUUUAACAUACAACAUUGUCUAAUUCAUUAAUACAUGCCUUAUUUUGGCCUUUGUAAAAUAUCAUAAUUAUGGACUUAUCACUAGAGUCUGAUGAUGAAGUUAUUGAAAAAAAUUGUUUGCUCAAAUAUUCUUGGUCCACUUGUAUUUGAUCUUCUUUCUUUUGUGUUCUCUUUAUUAGACAAUCAGCAUACACAGCACUUUAUUUGAUCAUCGUGAUUUCAUUAAUGAAGCAUGCUUUAUGAAACAAUUUCAAAGUUAUCAUUUAGUACGUCUACUUGGUUUAGUAACUCAAACCAAGCAUAAACAUCAAUCGGUAUCAUUUACUGAUCAAUGUAUGAAAUUGUUACAUAAUCAUCAUUUUGGUAAACUGGGUCGCUUUGUCAGUCGAAUUUUAAAGUGGACACCAACUUCAUCAUCAUCACCGCCAAACGUAAAACAAUCUUCUCUGCUUUCCUCGUCAAUAUCACCUCCAUUAGGCAAUCAAAUGUUAGAUGAUGAAAAGCUUAAUUGUCACACUUUGGGUAUGUAAUGUGUUUAUGUAUUCUGCUUGGUUUUUUUUCUACAUUCAAAUUGAUAUAUGUUCAUUCGUUAUAAGAAAUCGUACUUCUGUCUUCCUUGUAAAAAAAUUGUUUGGAAAAAAUUAUUUUAAAUAAACGUUUUCAGUGAAUGCUUGUGUAGCUUGCGUUCAUUGUUACCUCCAGUACUGAUUCACUAUAUGUGAAAAGAAAACCUUAUUAUCAAACACUCGUCAGUGGUGGUGUAGUUGCAGAUGAAUUGACUCAUUUAUUAAUAUACUUUCGAGUUCAUGAAUUAUCUUUGAAUGUUACCGAGAUCUAUAAUCUGAAACGAUCCAGUUUGCAAUUUUCUCAGAUGUUUUAAAUAGUUGAUUGGAGUUUUUCCAGAUUCCACUUAUGGUUGAAAUUUUGAAAGUGAAAUGAGUAGUUAUCUCAUAUCUCCUAUUCAUAAAUUUCUUGUGUUUAAUUUGCUACCACAAUUGAUAUUUUUGUCAUAAUUAUUCGACUGCUUUACUUUUCUUGUCAAUCAUCUCUUUUUCAUUGUAUCAGUGUAAAUUUUGACUACUUGAAACCGACAUACUUCUGUGUCAAUUCGUACAUGAUCUAUGAUUAAUUAUCAAAUAUCAAUUCCUGUUUGCGUUACUUAUAUUUUAACUACAUAAAGUUAAGUGCGUAUCCCAACAGUCAUAUUUCUCUAAACUCUAAUAAAAUAGAUUGCAAGUUGCAUUUUAUAUUUGACUAUUUGUAAACUUAAAUUGAAUCCAUUUAUAAAAUAUUAUUUUCUAAUUUACUUUUAUUUAACUUCACAGGUUUAUUAAAACAACAAUUAACACAUGUUAACGAUACAUAUUUAUUUAAUAACACUCAAUCAAUUGGUUUAAUGAAUAAAGUGGCACCAGAAAGUCCAUUAGUUAUUAUGCAAUUAAUGGCUAAAGGCGAUCUAGCUAGUUAUCUACGUUAUUUAGGUGACAAAGGACAAGGUUCCGUUAAUUCAUCACAAGCGUAUUUAUGGGCAACACAAAUAGCUGAUGGUAUGGCAUACUUAUCUGCUAAACAGUAUGUUCAUAGGUAAUGAUUUUGUAUUUAAACGAAAAGGGACGUCAUACAUUUUAUGAAGCAAAAUAUCAAUGUUAAUUUAUUAGAAACUAUUAGUUAUUUUUUCGAUAGUUGUAUUCUGACAACUUAUUCUUAAUUCUUGAUGAUAUUUCAUCAUUGGUACAACAAAAGUAGUAUUUAUUAACUCAUUGCUUCGCUGUUAUCUUUUCCUUAUUUGAAACUAUUAUACAUGGAUGUUUGCGGAAUUGUGAAGUUUUAUUUAUUACGCAUAAUCUAAUGUAACCAAAUCCUUACCAGUGAUGACAGUUGAUAAAAAACUAAUUUAUUACAUAAAUAUCUGUCAACUAUCCUAUAUGUUAUAUUUAAAUGGUAACAUUAUUGUUCCUCCAAAUAAAGUAAACGAUUUAGUAGUUAGUUUAUUAUCAAAUUCUUCGAUGUUCAAUUUUGGUGGAGUUUUGUUCUCUGAACGACAUCAUCAGCACAUCAGUAGUGGGAGUUCGAAUCAAUCUCAUUAAGACUGUGGGUACGAUUUGCUGACGAGCAUCAAGUUACCGUACUUCAACCCAGCCACAGGAAGUCAAUGAGUUAAGAAGGAAAUUAUGUAGAAAGCAAUGGAUAUAUAAACAUGAGUGCAGUUUCAUAGGAAUGAUUCCGAUUGAAGGAUAGAAGGUUAGGGGUAAUACUCAACUCAGGAUUUAGAAGAAGACUGAGGAUGAAUGCAUAUGCACCAUUAUUAUUCAGUAGGGAACUGUCAUUUAACAUUCGCGACAAAUAAUUAUGUAUAGUACGUAGGUUCGGGCCAGGAGAUUCUCACCUACUGAUGUAGCCCAGACAAGUAGUUACGGUCUUCAUGAAUUGACACCAUGUUUACCUAACUGAAAUAAUAAACUAAUAAUUGGAAGGGUCAAACCUUGAUAUUCUUCACUAAUUUCUAGCGAAAGUUAGGUAGUUUGCAGAACUCACAACGAAGUUAGGUAGUUUUCCUGUCAAAUAAUGUGUUUUAGUAUAUUCAGGUUAGUUUACCACUUCAUAUUAUCAUACAAUUCAAUAAAAAAUUUCAUUGUCUUCAUUAUGUAGAGAUUUAGCUGCUCGCAAUUGUCUUGUUGAUUCCAAUCUCACGGUGAAAAUUGGGGAUUUCGGACUUUGUAGAGAUGUUUAUGGACAUAAUUAUUAUCACAAAACAAGUCACGCAAAACUACCAAUCCGUUGGAUGGCCCCAGAAUCUCUUCAAACUGCUUACUUUACAACACAAUCAGACGUUUGCCUGAUUGCCUGGUGAAUGUCUCACAGCUAACUUUAUGUACGCAUUCUUGCUCAGUGGUUUGGCCAUUUCUAGUGACAUUUUGAAGAGAGAUUUUAUAACAGGUCUUAUGGUGUUGUUUUGUGGGAGAUAGUUACUAUGGCAUGUCUUCCUUAUCGUGGUAUGUCUCAUGAAGAGGUGGUCAAGUAUGUUCUCAGUGGAAAAACACUUCUAUCCAAUAGUUCGCCUACCAACUGUCCAGAACUCUUUCGUGCAUUAAUGCUUCAUUGUUGGAACUUCAAUCCCUUGAAGCGACCAACAUUCCUAGGAUUGUCUGCUCUGCUUUCACCAUGCUUUGGAGAUGCGAAGUUUCGAAUGGCUAGUUUUUUUUAUCAUGGUGAACAAAGUUUUGUAAACAAAGAUAAUCGCUUAAAGGUUUUGGAAGCCCCUGCUGUUUCAUUAGGUAAAUUGAACAUAUCAUGUAAUCAAGAUCCCGCCCAUGCACUUGCGUCUGCUUUAAGUACAUUAUUCUGCGGUACUGAUGAAGAUUGUAGUUAUGAAUACAAUGAUCAAAAUUUUGACCGUCGUGAUAAUUUUUCUGCAGCAUCAAUGCAGUUCGGCGCCAUUAGUCGAACAGUGACAGUCAAGGCAAGUCCUAUCGGUAGUGAUCAUUUUAAUAAAACUCAUUUGGUGAAUUGCAGUCCUGAAGAUAUAUCUUUGAAACAAAGUGAUAACGGCAUUGCUCUGUCAGAGGUUCAGUGUUUGUUAAGAUUAUGUGAACACGACCCAAGUCUUGCUGUCCCACCUUUUGUAGAUUCUGAAUCAUUUCCUUUGAUAUCCAAUCAUAUAAAAAAGUUUUCUGCUGAUGAAUGUACAAACUUCGAACUAAGUAAAUUUAGAAACCUUAUCACAUAAACCAAAAAUAUUUGUUAUAAAUUGUCAUUCCUUGUGAUAGCUUUUAUAAUUUCAUAUUUUUACAUUAUUUUGCAAAUUGUUUUCACUUGCUUUCUGAUAAUAAAUAAAUAGUUAUUGCGAAGAAAAA